AUGCAUAGACAGCUCCUUCCCAAGUGCUCAGUCAGGGACAUCUGCCGAGCCGCGGUUGCACCUUCAGGGAGGAAUAUUUUUAUCAUUGAGAUGCCACAAAAGGAAACUUCUGAAGGCUGGAUGAAAAUGGCCUCUGUGUUCCCAGAGCCUCAGGGCCCAGCUUCUAAACCUGCUAAACCUGGCUGGUCAGAUGUUUGUCCUAAAACACCAUUCCUUGAGGCAGUGGGACUUCUGGAUAUCCCUGUCAGACCUGAAUUCUUGACUUCUCACAGACUCCCCUCCACACACCCGCCUGGAUGCUGA